UAGUAGCGACUCCUAAAAAAUGAAAGCCUGUUAACCCGCUAGGGUUUUGUUUACCACUUCUCCAGUAUCAGCUAGGGUUUCAUUUAUCUUCACCGCUCUCUCUCCCUUCGUUAACAAUGGUAGGCGGCUUGGAAGUAGGCAACGUUCCCUUCAACCCCGACGGCUGGGGCCCUCCAGAUGCCACAACAGCCACCGCUUCCACCACUACCCUCCCUCUCAAUGUUCCUUUCGCUCCCUUUUCCCGAUCAGAAAAAAUCGGCCGAAUCGCCGACUGGACCCGCAAUGUCAACAAUCCCAACGCAAGUCGCCCGAACGCCAACAAAACAGCGUCGGAUUCAGUUUUUGACUUCACCGCCGAUGAUUCCUUUCCCGCUGCAACUGCUGCCGGUGAUGAUUCAACAUUCCGCCUUGUAGAUGGAAAACCUCCUCCCCGCCCCAAAUUCGGGCCCAAGUGGCGGUUCAAUCAACACCGGCCGCAGCUUCCACAGAGACGUGACGAAGAGGUGGAAGCUCGUAAACGGGAGGCGGAAAAGGAACGGGCCCGCCGUGACCGGCUUUACAACCUCAACCGUUCCAACCAAAACCAGCCACGUCGCGAGGCUGCCGCUUUCAAGUCAUCGGUGGACAUCCAACCAGAGUGGAACAUGCUGGAUCAGAUCCCCUUUUCAACCUUUUCAAAGCUUUCAUUCACAGUCCCAGAGCCAGAAGAUCUACUUCUUUGCGGUGGUCUCGAGUUUUACGAUAGAUCUUAUGAUAGAAUCACCCCCAAAAACGAGCGUCGUUUGGAGAGAUUCAAAAACCGAAACUUUUUCAAAGUCACUACUACUGAUGAUCCGGUGAUACGGCGACUUGCGAAUGAAGAUAAAGCUACGGUCUUUGCAACAGAUACUAUCCUCGCAACGUUGAUGUGCGCGCCUAGGUCGGUGUAUUCAUGGGAUAUUGUGAUUCAGAGGGUCGGCAACAAGCUCUUUUUUGAUAAGAGGGAUGGUUCCCAGCUUGAUUUGCUUUCGGUGCACGAGACCUCACACGAGCCUUUGCCAGAGGCCAAGGAUGAUAUGAACUCUGCAUAUUCAUUGAGUGUUGAAGCAGCUUAUAUUAAUCAGAACUUUUCACAGCAGGUCUUGAUUAGGGAUGGGGACAAGGUCGCUUUUGAUGAGCCCAACCCCUUUGCAAACGAAGGAGAGGAAGUUGCCUCUGUGGCCUAUAGGUAUAGGCGGUGGAAGCUUGAUGAUGAUAUGCAUCUUGUUGCCCGCUGUGAGGUGCAGAGUGUUGUGGAGGUUAACAGGCAGAGGUCAUUUUUGACGCUGAAUGCACUUAAUGAGUUUGAUCCUAAAUAUUCAGGAGUUGAUUGGAGGCAGAAGUUGGAGACUCAAAGAGGUGCUGUUUUGGCCACUGAAUUGAAGAACAAUGCCAAUAAAUUGGCUAAGUGGACUGCUCAAGCUCUGUUGGCCAGUGCAGAUUUGAUGAAAUUGGGUUAUGUUUCAAGGGUUCAUCCAAGGGACCAUUAUAAUCAUGUGAUAUUGGCAGUAGUUGGAUACAAGCCAAGGGAUUUUGCCGCCCAGAUUAAUUUGAAUACAUCUAACAUGUGGGGGAUUGUGAAGAGUAUUGUUGACUUGUGUAUGAAGUUGAAAGAAGGUAAAUAUGUGUUGGUGAAGGACCCAUCCAAACCUCAAGUGAGAAUUUAUGAAGUUCCUGCUGAUGCGUUUGAGAAUGAUUAUGUGGAGGAGCCUUUGCCUGAGGAGGAGCAGGUUCAGCCUCCGGGUGAGGACACUGAGAAUGUAGAGGCAAAUGGAGCUGUGAAUGAUGUUGAAGAUAAACAGAUUGAUGCUCAAGCUUAAAGUGGUUUUGGCAAGAAAAUGAAGCGGCUGUGGUGCUGUUUGCAAUUGGAGCUUUACUCGCACUCCCUCAUUGUCAUUUUGGCUCAGAGUAUUGCCUUACUGUUCCUUUUUUUUUUUUUUUGAGUCUUCCUAUUUACAUUGCUGAUGUUUCAAUGUGGUUGGAAAGAUUUUGCAACAUUAGAUACUUGCCUUUUUGAGAUUCAGUAGCGAUACAAUAAGACAUAAAUAUUCAUAUGAUUGUAAUUUUGUUGGUACGCCGUUGGAGUUGUAACUUAUGUUAUUUUUGCCUA